AUGAAAACAUUAUUCAAGUCUCAAGAACUGUGGGGUUUUGUUGAAGAAGGAUUUGAAGAUGCUCAACCUCCAGAACCUGAUCAGCAAUUGAGAGAGAAGAGAAAGAAAGAUUCCAAGGCAUUGUUUAUGAUACAACAGGCCUUGGAUGAUGAAAUCUUUCCCAGAAUUGCCUUAGCAACCACAUCUAAGAUGGCGUGGGAUACUCUAAAGCAAGAGUAUUUAGGUGAUAAGAAGGUGAUUACAAUGAGGCUGCAAUCACUAAAGAGAGAGUUUGAAACAGCUCUAAUGACGGACAAAGAAUUUGUCCAAGAAUACUUGUCACGUGUAUCCACUGUGGUACAACAAAUGAGGUCAUAUGGAGAAACAAUGACCAAUGAGCAUGUGGUUGGAAAAGUUCUAAGAAGUCUUACAAGCAAAUAUGAUCAUGUUGUAGCGGCUAUUGAAGAGUCAAAGGACAUGGCUGAUUACACCUUUGAUGAACUCAUGGGAUCCUUACAAGCUCAUGAGGAGAGGCUCAAUAGAAAUGGUGAGAAGAAGGAAGAGAAGGCAUUCCAUGUGAAAGGAGAAUCCUCAAAUAAGGAAAAAACAGGGCAAUUCAGUGGAAGAGGUAGAGGUAGAGUUGGCUCAAGAGGAAGGGGCCGUGGAAAAGGACCUAAUAAGGAAGGAAAAGAGCAAUCAUAUAAGGGUCCACUUAAAUGUUACUAUUGCAAGAAGCCAGUCCACAAAGAAGCUAGCUAUUGGAAGAAAGAGGAGGAUGAACAAAAGGGUGAUCAAAAAUCCAAUUUUGUGGAGAAUGAGCAAAAGUUGUUCUUAGCACAAAGUGCAGCUGGAAAUGAUGCAGGAGGUGGCGUGUGGUAUGUUGACAGUGGGUGCUCCAACCAUAUGUCAAGUGCCAAGUCUAUGUUCAGAGAGCUGAAUGAAUCUUUAAAGAGAAAGGUGAGGCUUGGAGAUGGAAAACAACUUGAAGUGGAAGGAAGAGGCACGAUUGAAAUAAAAACCGAGCAAGGAAACACUAAGCUCUUAUAUGAUGUGUAG